AGCCUGAGCUGACUCCAUGGAGUCUGCUGAAGCCGAGGCAUCAUGGAUGCCGCCAGCUACAGAGACAACCUGAGGGCCUCGGCGGGGAGGAUGAAGUGGUGGAGGGAGCUGAAUGGGUGGAGAGGCGCAGGGAAACAGAGGAGAGAGGAGGUUGGAGAGCUGGUGGAGGUGCUGCUCCAGGGCAAAGCUCCGUGGGGUUUCACCCUGAGGGGGGGCACUGAGCACGGAGAGCCGCUGGUCAUCACAAAGGUGGAGGAGGGCAGCGUGGCGGCGGUCCGUCUGCAGGCCGGAGACGAGAUGGUGAGCGUGAACUCCUUUCCUCUCAGCGGCUCCCGUCAGCAGGCCAUCUGCCUGGUGAAGAGCUCCCACAAGACUCUGACCCUGGUGGUCCGGAGGAAAAAUGAUCCAGGCUUGCGGCCUUAUUCCUGGCACGUCUCUAAGCUGACAGAAGAGGAGUCCGAGCCUGCUGGAUGUGAGGCCACCCCAGCGCCAGUGUGGCAGCCAAAACAUGAAGCAAGGGCUCAAGAGACAUCCAUGCAAGGGGACCAGAGGACCCAGCAGACCAAUCAGAGCUUGGUGAACGGUAUGGAGAGGUUUGAACGUCUCACCCAUCCUAUCCCUCCAGGUCAGCUUUCCCCACCUAAAUACAUGGGCAGUGCUGACCAGCUCAGUGGAUCAGGAGACAAAAGAGACACAGGGUUCAGCUGUUUCUCCGGCAGCUCCAGCCCUCCUGGUCAAAGCUCCAGCAUGUCUAUUAGGAAGGGUACCAGUGCUGAGAACAUUUUCUUUAAGGGUCUUCACAGUGAAGGACCUCAGCAGAGUGAGCGGCACCGAUACCUGCAGCCAACAUUUGGAAACGGAGGCUGGGAGGGGUCGCAGGUCGAGGAGCAGCCUGCAUCUCGGGUUUCCAUAGCAGGGAGACCCGUUGUUGGCCUGCUGUGGCAGGUACCGGAAAAGAAAAGGUCCAAGUCGCCUCCUCCUCCACCCCCUCCCCUUCGCAGUGACAGCUUUGCCGCCACAAAGGUGUUUCCUUACUCUGAAGGGCCUUCGGGUCCAGCGAAGAGUCAAGGCAGAUCUUUUGAAAAGCUGACAGAAACUAAACAGAACUGCCUCAGAUUUCAGAACCACAACCAGCUGCACCCCAACAAACUCUUCUCCUUGUCCAGCAGUGACAUCACUCAGUCUCAUUACACCCAACCACCUGCUCACCAAAGGCAAUACAGUGACGAAAGUCCUUUCUACCUGCAGACCAGGGCUGCUCCUCCUACAAAGACCCAAAGUGUUGGAAACUACUAUCGCAGCCUCCAAGACCUGCCCACCAAUGCUUUCAGUCGCAAACAAGUUCGACACUCCACAGCAUUUAUGGCAGGCUGUGUAAUAAACCCAAGUCUGGAGAGUGGUGGGCACAGCAGAUACUACAGUUUGGCAGGUAAACAUCUGUUCCAAACCACUGAAAAUAAGACCAGGCAAAUGAAGUCAGAUGGUUGGAGGGGAGAGAAAGAGAAAACACAAUGGAUGAACAGCAGUGAAACGGGCUUCUCAAGUUCACUAAAGACCAGCAUUAAGGCUAAGUACUCUGGACCUCAGUCCAAGAUGCCUUACAGUAAAAAUGAGCACCAUACCAGUCCCCAAGGGAAUGAUCUCCAUUACAAAAACCAUACCUGUGAAGUUCCUGUUCAAAGCUGCAGCCCAGAGGAUUCACUGAAGAGCUACUCUGACGUUAAAAGAUUAUAUCCAUCACAUCAGAAUAACGAGCAUAAGCUUAGUCUUUCAAGACCCCAAGACCCCUGGGUGCCUCAAGAAGAUCACCGAAUAUCUCCACUGAAAACUCCUCUUCUACACUCCUUGGCCCAAGAGAGCAGGAGUCUAACUGAGAGACAACAGGCAGCUUCAUCAUCAUCUGUGACGUCCACCCAGGAAGCCAGCGAUACCGCGAUUAACAACAGUGGAAAAUUAAAUCGCCGCAGUGACCGUUACGCUACCACCCUUCGUAAGGAGAUCCAGCAGAAGAGAGCCCAGCUGCAGAAGAGCCGCAGCGCUGCAACCCUGACUCAUGAGGCAGAGGACGACGAUCCAGACGAGUGGAGAUCCACUGGGGCUUCUGCUUCCUCAAAUACCUACAAGGAUCAUUUAAAGGAGGCACAAGCAAGGGUCCUCCAGGCUACCUCUUUCCAAAGACGAGACCUUGAGCCCCUGGGACCAGAGGGCUCCAUUUUCAAAGUUUCCAAUGGACGCAUUAGAGGACACCGGCGGUUCCACCCAGCAAAGAGGACACACUCCUUCUCAGAGCCUGAUAAAAUAGACAAAGUAGGAGUGGAAGGAGAAUCCCAAACUAUCUUGGAUCCAGAGAGGAAGUUCUCUGAAACCAAACCAGCAAUUGCCAGGCCGGUGUUGAGGUCAGGGCCUAGUCCAAACCUGAGCACAAAACUCGAUGAAUCAAACAAACCAAAAGAGGUAUCUCCCUCCAGAGAUCUUGAGGAAACUCACCAAACCACAAACCCCAACCAACUAAGUCCUGGACGUCAACAGGUCUUACUAGAACAGCAGAGACUGGGUACAUUUGCUGAGUACCAGGCCACAUGGAGCAAACAGAAAAAGUCAUCAGACGCCAAAACACAAGGGAGAUAUCACUCAGCAGAGAACAUCCUCGAUGCAAGCGAAGAGGAGAAGGCCGUCUGCGUCCAUGAGAGGUCCAGAUCUUCACCGUCUGCAGACUUUUAUACACAGAACAUUCCCUCCCAGUGGAGAGAUCCCGAAGAACAGCCAAGCUGUUUAACCACCAGGUGGUCAGAAAAAGAAGUGGCUGUCCCAGCAGUGAUGGAUGUGAGCAGUCCAGGGAAGAAGGUUCCCAUCAGGAUCGUCCACACUGAGAGCAGCUCAGGUCAGCGGGGACCAGUCGAUCAGACCAGCGAGACCGGCAGCGUCCCCGAACCCACAGAGCACCCACCAUCAUCCCUGUUCUUCACCUCCACCCACCAACCAGAACAGGGUGCAGAGUUGAGUCAGGAGGAGUCCAGGUCAGUUGGGGACCAGCACCUCAAGGACGAGGUCAAGAGGCAGGAGCUGGCCAGGGACAUCAUGGGUAAGGACAAGUCUCUGGUGGACAUCCUGGACCAAAGUGGAAGGAAAACCACCAUGGACCUGAUGGAGGGACUCUUCCCAGCAAAGGAGAAGAUCCUGGAGGGGGCUCAGCAGCGGAGGAGGGCGUCUGCAGGGUCCAGACUGCCCACCUUAACCAGGAGGGAGGAAGAGGAUGCGUCUUCCUCGGCCUCAGCCUCCCUGGUCCCCAGCUCCUCCUACUACAACACAUCUGCUCCCAAAGCCGAGCUCCUCAUCAAGAUGAAGGACAUGCAGGAGCAGCUGGAGGAGCAGGACUCUGAGGAUGAGCUGGAUGUGGACCUGGCCAGUAAAAAGCAAGAGCUCAUCUCCAGCCUGGCGCGGAAGCUGCUGGUGCUGCGGGAGGCGCGGCAGAGCCUGCAGGAGGACGUGGAGGACAACGAGGCUCUGGGUCGGGAGGUGGAGGCCACCGUGCAGCGUCUCUGCCAGCCCAACCAGCUCGAUAAGUUCUGCAUGUUUGUGGGCGACCUGGAUAAGGUGGUGAGCCUGCUGCUGUCGCUGUCGGGGCGACUCGCCCGGGUGGAGAACGCCCUCAACAGCCUGGAGGACGAAGCUCUGCCGGAGGAGAAGCGAACCCUGACCGAGAAGCGUAAGCUACUGAUGAGGCAGCACGACGACGCCAAGGAGCUGAAGGAGAACCUGGACCGUCGGGAGCGUCUGGUGUCCGGCAUCAUGGAGGCCCACCUGGACGCGGAGAGCCUGGACGACUACAGACACUUCGUGAAGAUGAAGUCCGCGCUCAUCAUCGAGCAGCGAAAGCUAGAGGACAAGAUCAAGCUGGGUGAGGAGCAGCUGAAGUGCCUGGUAGAAAGUCUGCCACUGGAGCAGAGGCCCCUGCUGUGAUUACAAACUGCAUCGGGACGAGGAAGAAUUCUUCUGAAGGGGAGAUUUGUUGAAUUUUUUUUAAUACGUCUCAAGUUUAGAACUCAGAUAAAAUCGUUUGUCAUAUGCUGAGAGGUUUUUACCAAAAACACGCAAGACGUUGAGGAGAAAUCACUUAUAAUAAAACGAGAUUUUUUUUUCAAGUUUCAAGAAGA